AUGCCGGUCGUAAAAGGCGGUGUUUGGACCAAUAUCGAAGAUGAAAUCGUCAAGGUUGCUGUUUCCAAGUACGGCCUUAAUCAAUGGGCUCGAGUUUCUUCUCUUCUUGCGCGCAAGACCCCGAAACAAUGUAAAGCUAGAUGGUCAGAAUGGCUAGAUCCCGCCAUCCGAAAGAUCGAGUGGUCCAAAGAGGAGGACGAAAAACUUCUUCAUCUAGCUAAAUUGAUGCCUACGCAAUGGCGAACUAUUGCUCCUAUUGUUGGACGAACGGCUACGCAGUGCUUGGAGAGGUAUCAGAAACUGUUAGAUGAAGCCGAAGCCAGGGAAUCAGACGAGCUAGGCCUGGGAGGGCCGGCUGGUGGCGAGGCUUCUGCCCCUAGUGCAGACGAUGUUAGAAGACUACGACCAGGAGAGCUAGACCCCGAUCCCGAAUCCAAGCCUGCUCGUCCCGAUACUAUUGACCUCGAUGAAGAUGAGAAGGAGAUGCUUAGUGAAGCACGAGCGCGUCUUGCUAACACCCAAGGCAAGAAAGCGAAGCGAAAAGCUAGAGAACGACAGCUAGAGGAAUCCCGGCGACUUGCCGUCCUACAAAAAAGAAGAGAGCUCAAAAAUGCGGGAAUCAAUAUCAAAGUUGUCACGCGAAAGCCUGGUCAAAUGGACUACAAUGCGGAUAUACCAUUCGAAAAGGCGCCUGCGCCCGGUUUCUACGAUACACUUGAUGAACAGUCAAGAAACGAACGUCAGCGUGCGAACUUCGAUCCCCGCAAGCUCCAACUCGCAAGUAAACGGAAGGGAGACCAGGAAGAGGACGAUGAUAGGAAGAGACGGAAGAAUGAAAAGAAUGGCUCGUCUUCAGCCUUUGCGGCUGCUGCUAAAGCAGGCCAGAUGCAGCGAAUUCGUGAAGCGGAACAAAGCAGCAAACGUCGAGCACUGGUCCUCCCAAGUCCACAGGUAGGAGAAACUGAGCUGGAAGAGAUUGUCAAAAUGGGAAUGGCUGGAGAACGCGCAAGUAAGAUGGCGGGUGAAGAUGGUAAUGACGGAACUCGGGGGCUUGUCGGUAACUAUUCUAAUAUUGUCGGGAACACGCCUAUUCGAACACCCAGGGCAUUACCGGAAGAAGACAGAAUUGCGAAUGAAAUCCGAAAUAUCAAGGCAUUGACGGAGACACAAUCAUCCCUCCUGGGCGGUGAAAAUACUCCUCUCCUUGAAGGAGGCUCGACUGGAUUCGAGGGAAUAGCACCUCGCCAACACCAAAUGAUUACUCCGAACCCUAUGGCGACGCCAUUCCGACAGGGUAUGGGAAAUGCAGCAAACGCUACCCCAAUGCGUGGGCCUGGUGCAACGCCUCUGCGAACCCCUAGAGACUCGUUAAUGAUUAAUCUAGAAACUGGCGAUCCUUACCAGCUUGUUGGUGCUACGCCCAGGGAGGUAAAAAUGCGGGAAAACAUUGCGAGACAAAAUCUGCGAUCCCAGCUUUCUUGUCUUCCCAAGCCCAAGGAGACGGAAUGGGAGCUAGAGGAAAUGCCUUCAGAACGGCCAGUCCCACAGUCCUUUAAUGAGGUUUCAGAAGAGGAUGCCUCUGAGCGUGAUAUGAGAAACAGACUUGCGGCCGAGAAAGCAGCGGAAUUAGAAUUUAAACGACAAACACAAGUCUAUCAACAGGGGCUUCCUCGUCCGGCCUUGGUCAACAUCCGGCGCCUAAUGGAGGAUGCUGAUAAAAUAGAAUGUCCUGCUCGUCGACUUGUCGCGCUUGAGAUGGCAAAGCUGAUUGCGAAUGAUGCUCGAAAGUUUCCAUUACCCGGAAUUAGAGUCGAGGGUAAAAUACCGAAACUAGACACGUUAGAUGAUGAUCUAAUAUCAAAGGCAAGAGAAGAGGUAGAUGCAGAGGCCGGGAAACUUGGAGCACAGUCGCAAUGGAAUGAUAGUUUCCGGUCAUCGUGGUCUACCCUUCAUGUGUCUACCUCUACUUUGCCCGGGCUUUCACUAUACAGUGAGGAAGGAGGAGAUAAUGAAGAUCGUUUCGAACAAGAGAAGGAGGAGGUAACUCAUGCGUUUGACAGUGUUCAGGCUAGCUUGCUGCAAGCCGCUGAGCAAGGUAACAAACUGGAGAAGAAGAUUGCAUUACAUUUUGGGGGCUAUCAGACUCGAGCAAAGACGUUGCGAAAUAAAAUAAUCCAAGCUGAUGAAGCCCUCAGCAAAGCUAACACGGCCCUCGACUCGUUCCGCACAUUACAAAUUGCGGAAGAUGCAGCCAUUGCCUUACGGCUUGAGAGUAUUCGGGACGAAGUAACCUUUAUUACGAGACGAGAGCGCGAAGCACAGGAGCUCUACAGGGCUAGAAAGGACGAGCUUGAAUCUUUGGGUGGAGUGAAUGGGUGCCAUUGA